AUGUCUUUCUCGGGUGCGGUGGUUAUUCGUGAUUUACAAUGGCUGAACUCGGAAUGUGAACGCCGAUGUAUUUUUGAUACACUGAAAUGGUCAAGCGAACUGUUGUUUUAUGCCCCAAAAGAAUGGCACAAAGCAUUUUCAGAAGAGGAAGAGCAGAAUAACAAUCUACCACCCGAGUCAUCAAAACUGCAGGAUAACAACAUUCGUUGUCGUGCUAACUUCGGUCGAUCAUUAUUGAUAAAUGAAGAGCAUUAUCGUGCGGUUUUCUUUUUGGAACCGAUCAAAGAUGAAUCGAAUUUUGAUCGUUUUAUGUACUAUUGGGCUAGAUAUUUGGCAUACGAAAAGAAUCGAUUGGAAAGUGAAUCGGAAGCGAUCGAUCGUCGUUGUGAAUAUGAUAACAGUGAAAUGGACACGUUGCAUGCUGAUUUAUGCGAUUUAGGCGCUAAGAAUCCGGAUUAUUUUGAUGCGUUCCUCCUUUAUGUGUUAGGUAAAGUGAGGAUGAGUUUGAAGUUGGUUGAAAAAGCUGAAGAAGCAUUUGUCGCAUCGGUGCUUUCGAAUAGAGCAUUCUGGCCGUCAUGGCAGGAAUUGGUUCAUUGUAUCUCAACUCCUGACAAGGGAUUACGUUCAGAACUCGCAAAUUUAACGCAUUCCUUCUACAAGACUCAUAAAUUCUCUUGGGAAGUGUGUUGUGCAGUAGCAAAUUACUACAGUCUUCGAGGCGAUCAUGAAAAAUCAGUUGUUUUCCUGGUGAGGUCGUUGAAACUCAACCCGAACAACUCAUCAGUGUGGACAUUGAUUGGGCAUGAGUUCAUGGAGCAGAAGAACAAUUCUGCAGCGUGUCUUUCGUAUAGAAAAGCGAUACAAUCGGAUCCGAAGGAUUAUCGAGGUUGGUAUGGAUUGGGGCAGUUGUAUGAUAUUUUAAAGAUGCCUUCCUAUUCACUCUAUUACUAUCAACAAGCGCACAAGUGCAAGUCGGAUGAUUCGCGAAUGUUAGUUGCCUUGGGUGAAGUGUACACACGACUGCAUCAUACCAGUGAUGCACAGAAGUGUUUACUGAAGGCAUUCAAAGUGGGUGAUGUCGAGGGGACAGCGCUGAUGCUACUGGGAAGAUUAUACGAGAAAGGAAAAGAUAAUGAUCAAGCUUCGAUUGUGUACGAAAAAUAUUUGGAAACUUAUUGCGACGAUUUGAUGAGCGAUUUGGAUAAUAUGGCACAUUGCUGUUGUUUCUUAGCGAAAUAUUUUCUAUCGAAGAACGAUCUGAAUGCGGCUGGUUCAUACGCACAACGUUGUCUGCAAUAUGAAUCGUCGAAAGAAGAAGGGCGACGUGUAUUACGGCAAAUCAAUCAGGCACUCAAUCGUCUCGCCAACAGCAAAGAUCAUCCAGCAGCACCGUCGCAAACGAUCGCUGUCGUCACCUCGACGCCUGCAGAUCAGAAUACGAAUGCCGAUUACGGUAUGCAGGUGAACGAUGCCACACCAAUCACACCCAUACUAUCGCAACAAUUGAAUGUUAGGACAGUGGGUGGCGAAGAGGGUGAAACUGAAAUGGCAAUAUCGUCGGAUGAAGAGGAGGAUUCUGAGGGAUAUUAA